AUGACUGAUUCAGAUUCCGAUGAGGGUUAUCGCACCCCCAAGCUGAAACCCCAGGUUAUCCACUAUGGACUUAAGGAACCAACGCCGCCGCCGUUCGCAGUCGACGAGAAGGAGCAGUCGACCGACGCCGAAGAUGCGAAAAUUACAGGAGAGGGACCAUCGCCGGGAUCCCGUAAGCGCCUGCAGGAAAUCUCCACACAUGCCUCGGCGGAAGGCAACUCGGCGCUGAUUCGAAAUUUAGAGCCCAACCGUCCGGAUCUUGCUGAAUAUGAGAGAACUCACUCCAAGAUAGAUAGUCUCGUCGAAGAUGAUCACAAGCCGGGGUUGAAAGGGAAAAUUUUCCGAAACCCGGCGACGAAUGACUCGACCGGGCAACCGACGCUCCAAACGACGGCUCCACGCACGACCCAAUCCGAUCACGAAAAAGGGUUGAACGAGGCCGCAUCGCGUGCCCUUAAACUGCUUCAGCCGGACGCGCCGCUCCCGCCUCAAGAAAGCUUCUUCAACUCGAAGCCGCGGUCUCCCACGCUUCCGCUGCCGAGUAGCCCGGUGGAACCGAAACCCGACUCGCCGUUCAGCUGGAAUAAGCUCAUCAUUCCACCAUCGGAGGGCCCCACUCGGAAUACUCUUCCAGCGCUCCAUCCGCCGACCGCGAAUGCCAAUUCGCCUGAGAAUCACACCAGUCUGCCGUCGCUCCAAACCACGCUGUAUCGGAUGGGCGUUCCCCCAGAGCCACCCGGACCGACCAAUCGGACAUCGCCCUACUCCCUUCCCCCGGUCACCACGUCUCCCCCACAGAGGCUGCGGAAUGAUUUUACGUGGGAGACCCAGCGCCCGGGGCCGUUUCCCCCGCCGCAGAUCCCACCGAGCCCGUAUUCGCACAUGUCCCCGGCGAGUACGAAAGAUUUAUCCGCCGUGUCUUCGCCCGCCUCCCAGGCUCCCUACUGGCGCCCACCCCUUAAAUCCGACAUUCACUAUCUAACCUCCCCAUACGAUACGGCCAGCCCGGUAGGUAAGAGUCCAGCCGGGCACUACCCAACCCCGGUUGAUCCCACGCCACCGGCGGGGGGAUGCGAACGGAUGCCGUUCAGCCCCGCGAAUCCGUCGCCCAACGGGGUAGUCUCAUCAUAUAAAUGCCGCCAUCCUGGGUGCACAGCCCCCCCUUUCCAAACUCAAUACCUAUUGAACUCUCACGCAAACGUCCAUUCUCAAGACCGUCCCCACUUCUGUCCCGUAGACGGGUGCACUCGGGGCGUGGGUGGAAAAGGUUUCAAACGCAAAAACGAAAUGAUCCGGCAUGGGCUGGUUCACAAUUCGCCCGGAUAUGUGUGUCCAUUUUGUCCCGACCAGCAACAUAAAUACCCACGACCGGAUAAUCUCCAGCGACACGUACGGGUUCACCACGUGGACAAGAGUCGAGAUGACCCGGCGUUACACAGUGUCCUUUCUCUCAGACCCGAAGGUAGCACCCGUGGACGGCGACGACGAGCUCACGGGUAG